AAGCAAUGAACAGUGAACAAAAAUGCACGGCCUGUGGAAAUCCCGCGAGAUUGCGAUGUCCUACUUGCUUGAAGAAUAGCAUUCCAGGUUCUUACUUCUGUACACAAGAAUGCUUUAAAAAGAACUGGACCACCCAUAAGCUCGGUCACAAAAAAGACGGUAUUGACCGUUCUCCUGUAGGAACUACAUAUAUUCCGAAAUAUAAUUACACCGGUUCGUUGCGAGCGGUCUACCCUUUGUCACCUCGAAGACCAGUGCCACCGCACAUAAUAAGACCGGAUUAUGGCGACGAUCCCACAGGCCAACCGAAAUCUGAGCAAAGCGUCCGUAACAGCACCACAAUAAAAGUUUUGAACGAAGAAGAAAUUGAGAGCAUGCGAACCGUUUGCAAGCUUGCUCGCGAAGUAUUAGAUAUUACAGCAGCGGCCAUAAAACCUGGUAUAACUACCGACGAGUUAGAUCGAAUAGUUCAUGAAGCUACGAUAGAACGCGAUUCUUAUCCAUCUCCUAGUCGUCUCCUAACCUUUUUUGGCGGUUCUCUCACGGAAUUUAGUUCGGUGAAUGAAGUUAUCUGUCACGGAAUACCCGAUCAGCGCGAACUUCAAGAUGGAGAUAUCGUCAACGUGGAUGUCACGCUAUAUCAUAAUGGUUUUCAUGGUGAUCUUAACGAAAUCUAUCCAGUUGGAAACAUAGACGAAGAUAGCAAGAGGUUGUUGCGAACGGCAAAGGAAUGUCUGGACAAGGCAAUAGAAAAUG